UAGGCCUGAGUAUCAGGGAGUCAAUACAGAGACAACACAUCAUGCUUUUUUGGGUGAUUACAAGUCUGCUGCUGGAGAGUGGUGCAGCUGCAGGUGUAGCCCUGGACCCAUGCUCUGCCUACAUCAGCCUGAAUGACCCUUGGAGGAACACAGACUACCUCGUCAACCAGUCAUCCGGCGGGCCCCUUUGUGACAGCCACGUGUCGGGAGAAUGGUACCGCUUCACGGGCAUGGCCGGGGAUGCCAUGCCCACCUUCUGCAUCUCUGAGGACCACUGUGGCACGCAUGCUCCUAUCUGGCUCAACGGCAGCCACCCUCAUCCCCACGAAGGCAUCGUCACCCUGCCGGUUUGUGCCAGCUUCAACGACGACUGCUGCCACUGGAACGCCAGUAUAGAUGUGAAGGCCUGUAAAGCAGGAUAUUUUGUCUAUCGCCUGCCCAGACCCUCAGUCUGCUUCCAUGUGUACUGUGGCCAUUUCUAUGACAUCUGUGAUGAGGUGGACUGCUCAGCUCCCGAAUGUCCCGAGUCUGACUGCCGCUGUGCACCUGGAACUGUGCUGGGACCGGACCGACAGACAUGCCUGGAUCUCAACGAAUGUGGAAAGGGAAACGGUGGCUGUGCAGAGGUGUGUGUGAACACCAAAGGCUCCUGGCGCUGCGAGUGUGGGUCGGGUCGCGUGCUUGACGACGAUGGACACAUCUGUAUAGCAGGCUGUCAUGUCAACAAUGGAGACUGCAGCCAUGGCUGCUCCUCGAUGCUGGAUUCUUAUCAGUGCCACUGUCCCAGAGGGCUGGAGCUGGGAGAGGAUAAACGCACAUGUCAGGUGGCAGUCCAGUGUGAUUCCAGCUCUAUUGUGUCCGUUCCUAAAGACCUUGAAGGAGGACUGGAGCUCUCCCUUUCCAACUCGUCUUGUCGAGGUGUCUCCAAUGGCACACACAUCAACCUCAGCUUCAGCCUCAAGACCUGCGGCACAGUGGUGGAGGUGACAGAUGACAAGAUCGUGGGAACCAACCUGGUGACAGGCCUCCCUCGGAGCAGCCCGGGCAGCAGCGGGGACUUGAUAGUUCGCACCAGCAAGUUAGUGCUCCCGGUCACCUGCGAGUUCCCCAGGGAAUACCAGGUGUCAGACAGAUACCAGGCCAGUCAGCACAGCUCAGCCCUUGAGCUGGCAGGCCACAGUGAGGGAGUCUUCCCCUUCUCCCUGGAGCUCUUCAGGAGCGCAGAGUUCUCAGAGCCCUACCGCACCCCACCCCAGCUGCGCCUGCACGACUCCCUGUUCUUUGGGGUGGAGCCGAAGGAGAGGGAGGAGGGUCUCUCUGCACUGGUAGAGAGCUGCUUCGCCACACCGGGGCCCAGAGCUGACCAGGCCCUCAAGUAUUAUCUCAUCAAAGACGGCUGUAUCUCUGAUGAAACAGUGACACAGCACUCAUGAAAGGACCAGCUCUCCAAGCACUACCAGGUCUCCGUCUUCAAGUUCAUUGGCAAGGACAACCGACAAGUGUUCCUCCACUGCCAUGUGUUGGUGUGCGGGGCAGGAGACUCCCACUGCGCUAAGCGCUGUCGAGGACGUGUCCGCCGAACGGUUCGGACCGGAGAACCUCAGGAGCAGCACACACUGACUGGAGGCCCCAUCUUCAUCUUGCCUGACUAAUGCUAACAAGCGAACUGAUGCUAACUGACUCAAACAUGCAAAAUAACCAGCGUCAUGCGAGCAGAGCAGCAGCUGAAUUACAAUCACAGUAUCAUUUAGAUGAAAGGAGAUGAACUGACCAUUCCAGUUUAUGUAUCAUAUUAUUUAAAAGUCCUUCACAUACACAUAUACAUGCAUAUGUACAGUAUACACACUCGUCUUUACUCCUAUGUACGUUCCAGUGUCAGUCACAGGGAUGUAGAUCACUUGGAUUCUGCUUCAUUCUUUGUGUCUUUGCCACUUUGCCUUGCAGCCAAAUGUGCUGACAUUGAAGCAAAUUCCAUUUUUGAUAUAAAUCAUUCUGAUGCACCGCAGUUAAUUUGUAACAACUAAAGUGUGAAGGGUGUUUUUCUAGGUCACACUUUCAGGCCUUUCUCAGGCUAUAUUUCAGUUGAAAGACUUUGUGGAUUCAUGGAAGUGGUUUAUAUUUCACACCAUUACUGAAUUGAGAAAUACACCCAUCAAGGCAUGUUCACUCAUUCCCUCUGUUUAAUCGAGGCAUCACGUCACACAUCCCACUGUGGCGGGAAAGAGAUAGCGGUAGGGCGUGCCUGCAAAUGAUGCCAAUGAUUCAUCACUGUCAAUCUAUAAUUAGACAUGUCAGUUAAACUGCAAUUAGUCAUGUAUUCAUUCAUAAAAACGCAUCAAAUUACUGGUAAAUAACUGAAUUCAAAUUCGUAGCUGUAAUAGCUAUCACAUCUACAUGACACUGACUUUGAGCAUACCAUCUUGACAAAUAGCUGCACACAACAAACCAUGUGUACCUUAGUAAAUAAAUGAUACUUAUUGUAAGUCGCUUUGGAUAAAAGCGUCUGCUAAAUGACAUGUAAUGUAAUGUAAUGUCAUUCAAUCUAGAGGAAAUUAAACCAACUGCAAUAUUCUUCCCAUCAGCCAAUGUAUUUGGAGUCAUUAAAUAAAUGUAUGGUAAUGGUGUCAUAGAGGCCUAAAAAUUGGCAACAAUGAAAUGGAGUAUGAAGAGUACAACAUGCAUAAACAGUUAAUGAACAUAAUGAAAGUAAUAUUCAGAUAUAUGCCAGUACUGCCUCUGAAUAAAACUUGAGAAACUGUU